GACUUCGACGACACCGAAACCUCUAUCGAGAGCAACCAUCUGUUCAGCAACAGAAUGGGUACCCCGCCCCCCCGAAGCUUUGAUCAUGGAGAAGACGACUAUGGCCUUGAUGAUGAUGACGAUAUCAUCGAGCUCGCAGAGGACGUCGAGAACCGUGGUUCGACACGGCACACACCACAGUCCAGCAACCUUCGCCCGGUCUUCACCGAAAUAGCCAUCAACUCCAAGCUUGCACCCUUAGGAUCGAGCGGCAAAAAGACGAAGAAGACACCGAAGAAGACAGAGGAUCCAGAUAUGGAGAGGCUGUUCAAUUUCCGCUGGUCCGACGAUGUGAAGGAGACUCUGAAACGCAGGUUCCGUCUGCGCGGCUUCCGCGAAAACCAGCUGCAAGCCAUUAACGCCACUCUUGCGGGCAAAGACGCAUUCGUUCUCAUGCCCACCGGCGGCGGCAAGUCCUUGUGUUAUCAAUUGCCCUCCCUCAUCCGGAGCGGCAAGACAUCUGGCGUCACGGUGGUUAUAUCGCCGUUGCUGAGUUUAAUGCAAGAUCAAGUCCAGCAUCUGCAGGAACUGGAAAUCCAGGCCUUUCUGUUCAACGGCGACACGCCCACCGGAGAGCGAAAUGGCAUCAUGAACGCCAUGCAAGAGCGGAAUGUGGAAGAUUACAUGCAACUUCUCUACGUGACUCCGGAGAUGUUGGGCAAGAGUGCGUCGAUGAUACACAACUUUGAGCGGCUGCAUCGUCGGGGCAAGCUGGCGCGCAUUGUCAUCGAUGAGGCUCAUUGCGUGAGUCAGUGGGGCCACGAUUUCCGUCCGGACUACAAGCAACUUGGGGAAGUACGGAAGAAGUUUCCCAACGUGCCCGUCAUGGCGCUCACGGCCACUGCUACGGAGAAUGUCAAAGUCGACACAAUCCACAACUUGGGCAUGGAUGGGUGCGAAGUCUUUACGCAGAGCUUCAACCGGCCGAACCUGUACUAUGAAGUUCUUCCCAAGCCAAAGGGCAAGGGCGACGUUGAGGCCAUCGCAAACCUGAUCAAAGACAAGCACGUCAACCAAACUGGCAUUGUGUAUUGUCUGUCAAGGAAGAACUGCGAAGAUAUGGCGGAAGCUCUGAAGGAGCGGUACAAGAUCAAGGCAGAACACUACCACGCCGGGCUGGACACCAAGAUUAAAGCCGAGGUUCAGAGGAAGUGGCAGGCGGGCAAGUAUCAUGUCAUUGUUGCGACAAUUGCAUUUGGCAUGGGUAUCGAUAAGUCUGACGUUCGCUACGUGAUCCAUCAUUCCAUGCCGAAGAGCCUGGAGGGUUACUAUCAGGAGACCGGGCGAGCCGGUCGCGACCAAAAACCCUCCCACUGCUACUUGCUCUAUGGAUACCACGAUGCAGGUCGCAUUCGCACGAUGAUUGAGAAGAACGAGAAUUCCAGUUGGGAGCAACGACAGAGGCAGUAUGACAUGCUUCGCAACGUGGUUCAAUUUUGCGAGAACAAGAGCGAUUGCCGCCGCGUCCAAGUCCUGGGAUACUUCAAUGAGCGUUUCCACAAAGACGACUGCGAGGGACAAUGUGACAAUUGCACCUCGGGCUCCCAUUUCGAGACCGUCGACUUCACACAAUACGCAGAGCAGGCCAUCCGGCUGGUGAGCGCGAUCCACCAGGACAAGGUGACGCUCCCUUAUUGUAUCGAUGUCUAUCGAGGGAUGUCCAAAUCGAGGAUCAAAGCCAGUGGCCACGAGGAUCUUCCGGAUUACGGUGCGGGAAAGGACCUUGAUCGAGGAGAUGUUGAACGGCUGUUUAUUCGCCUUUUCGGUGAAGAAGCUUUGGAAGAAGAGAACGUCGUCAACAAAAUGGGCUUCGCCAACCAAUACGUCAAGCUAGGCCAGAAUUUCGAAAAGUUUGGCAAAGGCAGACAGCGCCUGUACAUGGAUAUCCAAUCCAGGGCAGUGAAGAAGGCGGCGAAUGCCUCGAAGAAGACUGCGCCAGCCCUCCCGCUGUCUACCAACGUCUCUUCGCCGCUGCAGUUCGAGACUGCUCGGCAACAAGGCAAGAAGGCGAGCCACUAUUUGGACGCGGACGAGGACGAUGAUGAUUUCAGCGACGCAUUCGAGCCAAUCCGCAUAGCGAAACAGCCACGCCGCGAGCGCGUGCGAGAAAUGGGGCCGCCAAUCACCACCGACGAGAAGAUGGCGAACCUCAACGACAUGCAUCGCAUAGUCGUGGACAAUUUUCUGGUAGAAGCGAGGAAGAUCGCAAAGAGCAUCGCGAUUGACAAGAGUCUGAGAACCGUCCCGUUCACGGACACUUUGCUGCGCAUCAUGGCCAUCGACUUCACGGAAACAGAGGAGGACAUGCUGCGCAUCCCUGGCAUUGACGCCGAAAGAGUCAAAUUGUAUGGCAAACGCUUCAUCCCCCUGAUCAAGAAGGUUCACCGCACCUACAACGAGAUGAUGGGCAUCGAAAUGGAAGAACCGAACCCAGACGCCCGCAACGUCAUCGAUCUCGUCAGCGAUGAUGACGAAGACGACGACGAUGAA